AUGGCUUCCGAGGAUGAAGCUGAUUUCCCAGACUCCAAUGUGACCUCUCAAGAGACCACAAUACCCCCUGCCUCUCAACUUAUAUGCCCAGGGCAUAAAACCUUGGCAAAACUGAAGCACUCCUCCAAAACCCCCAAGAUGGACAUCUUUACACCUGUCAAUAAUGGCACACAAAUGGAACUACAGACCAAAAGAGCCAGUAUGCAGGCAAAAGCGGAAACAG